UACACACACCAGACACGCCAGGAGUAUUACUUCCUCUUCCAUAUGGGUAGAACAGGGGAACACGCGCAAGGUGCAGGAGCUUUCUCAAUGGCACAAGCUUUUAAAGGCAAUCACAAUACCCACCAUAGUAUGAAAAUACAAUGCCAUAAUGUCCGGGGAUUGAACACCCCAUUUAAACAGCACUGCCUUUUCCGAGACCUUAAACGCACACAACCAGAUAUAAUCUGCCUCCAAGAGACACACUUCAAGACACCCCCUACGCUUAAACCAUCCCUAUACCCACAUCGAUAUCACGACACAUCUGGGCAAAAGAACAGAGGUGUGUCAGUUCUGAUCAGCAACAAGGUGUCUUUCCAACACCAUGCAUCACAUAUAGAUUCUGAGGGUAGAUGCCUCGUAGUAAUCUGCACAAUUAAUAAUUCUAAAUACACUCCCAACACGACCCAGAGAAACUUCUUGCACGAGGUCCUUGCUCUGCUCUCACCGGUCCAGGAGGAAAUGCUCAUUCUCUGCG